AUGCACUCUGCAUCUUUCCUCGCUACAGCCGUCAUCGCCGGCAUGGCCAGCCCCGUGCUCGCCGUCGCUCUGCCCGCGGAUCCGGCACCGGCACCGGCACCGGUGCGUCCCGUUUUUGGCUGUUUUGUUCGCAUGUCUAUCGUCACUACGGACAAGGACUCGACAUCUAUCAACAGCGGUGACCUCAUCCCGACUACCAAUCCCGGCCAGGUCGAUUUCAAGGACGGCAGCGAUACGAUCACGGUCAAGCUGGACAAGAACUGCCAGCCUGUGGGAAAUAUCAAACAUCGCAAGGAGGUCCAGUUCAAUGCGCUCCAAAAGCUUACCAAAAACGGAGGCCCGUUUACGGAUCCCGACCAGCCCUUUAUUACUUUUUAA